AGCCCACCACCUAUGGAUAUUUAAUCUUACUAUCGUCCUCCUCCACACACCCGUAUGCUCUGUUUCCCCCAUUUACAUUCUCUCUCUCUCUCCAUCGCCAUUGUUGCUUCUGAAGUUCUUCCCUCUGGUUAUGAGUACUUAGAUUUGAAGCCACGGAGCAGCUGUAGAACAUCUAAGAUCUGAUUUUACUGGCGGAUGAGAUCAACGCACUGACUGGUAUCUCUCUGUCAAUCAUUUUCCAAAGAACUAAGCUGGACCGCAAACUCCUUUCUACCGGUGGUGGUAUCGCCGCUGAGAAAAGCAAAUAAGGUUAAUAUGGAUAUUGAGAGGGACAACAUUCCAGGAAGUUUUAUGGAACUACUGAACAUGGUUGAGCAGCCCAUGUCAAAUUUCAAUCAAGAAAACACUAUGAACUCAGUACCAGAAGAAAGUUCGUGCUUUUCUGAUAGACCAUAUUGUUCAGAAGACACUGAUGUACUUUCGAGACCUAACUUAAGGGUUGACACUUAUGAUUAUGUCGAUGACUCAAAUGAAGUUCAGUCCAGUCUUGAAUGUAUGAAAGAAAAAGUUGCGAUUGCUGAUAUGAUAUCUGCCCCUGAAAAUCUUGACGAGCAGUACUUAUUUUCUGCAUACAAUGUUCAGAUUGAGGAGUCAGAUUCUAAUGAACGAUACCUUGAAGGAGGACAAGUUGGAGCUGUGGAACACGGAAUUAGAAGUUUUUGUGAAGACACAUCUGUUCAAAUGUUAAGGCCGGUUGUUGGUAUGAAGUUUUCAUCAAAGGCAGAAGCAUAUGACUUCUACAAUACAUAUUCUUGGGUGCUUGGUUUCAGUAUUCGGAAUGGUGAUAAUUAUAUUAAUUGCAAUGGCGUACAGACAAUGCAGGAAUUAAUUUGCCAACGAGCAGGAAUCACCAAGAAUACUAAAUAUGCAACUACUAGAUGAAAGAGAGGGAAGAUGAAAGAGAGGGGCUGCGGUCAAAACGGGAGGCGGCUGGGAUGGGUGGUGGGGGAGGGGGGUAAAGAGAAAGAGUUAAAACAGCCCAGAUCCCCACCGGCCAUGCUGGCGGCGAGAACCCUGAGACGGACAAGCGACUGUGCCUCCACCUUCCAGAUGACGCCUCGCCGCAAGAAGAAGACGCGGGGACUUGGAUGUUGACCAUGACGACGGCGUCCUUCUCGUGUGGUUCGAGUUCGAGCUCAAGGCCGAGGUGGCUGUCCUUGGGGACGCACUCCUCUUCGACAGUCUGACUCAUCGUAAAUGGCAGGACGCACCACGUGUCUUACUAGCCGGACGCGUCCUCCGACGGCGCACAACGGCGUCAUCUGACGACAGGACGCUACAUCAGCCGAGGACUGGCCGCCGAGUCAGUGUCCCCUCCACCCAGCAUGGUACAUCCCGUUCCUCUUCUUCUACCCAUACUCCGGUGGCUGCAGCGUCAGAGGUCAUGAACGUGACUUGAUCGAUUCCUUGAUUCCUUCUCUAGGUGCAAGCAAAGUAGCAAACACACACGUACACAGUUUACGAGCCGCCAGCUAGCUUGAACAAAUUGAUCUCUCACCGGAAAACGCACUAGAACACCACACACAAGUAGGCGACAGAGGAUACUUGUGGUGCGGUGCCGGACGACAGACUAUAGUUAGUCUUUUUUUUUUUGAAGGGUUUAUAGUUCUUCUUUGGAGGAUUUAUUUUGUUAUUUUACUGAUGCAUGAGCAAGUAACCAUCAUUCAUAUUGACAAGACAUUGCAAUCUCUCUUACUCAGGUAUGUAGUUCUGUAAUGAUGUUUGAGUGAUACUGAAGAAAAUGAUCUAUGAGCAAGUCACCCUUGCUUACCUUUUCAGCCAGGCAGCCACCUCCAUUUUCUAUCAUUCUUAACACUAUUAUUUUGAUUAAUGUGUUGUUUGCAGACAUAUAUGUGUUACAUAUAAUAGUCAAAUGAAAUUGUCGUGCAAGAUCUACAUAUUUUUCUUUAAUGGAUUGAUGUGGAACAGGAUUGUGGCAUAGUAUUGAUCUCAUUAUUUGGAUAUACAUGUUUAUCAUUCAGAUUAUGUCUCCUUAAACAGGCACAUAUUAAACUUAAUUGAAGUGCCAUGUAUGUCUUGUAUGGGCCUCUAGCAGCAUGGCUUGGUGUCCUUUAAGUUGCCAUUUAUGUCAUAAUUUUCUAUGCUUGGAAAAUAUUAAGUUCAUCAAUUUGUAGUAAAUUCAUGGUAUUCUGCCUAAAUUAACUCUCAUUGUGCAUUGCAGGCUCUACUUAAUAGUCCAAAUGAAAGAUAGAUAAAAACAGAUGUAGAACUAGCAUCCAUUUUGAACCAUAUGUUUGAUACUGCAGCCCGUGUUCAAGAACUAUUGUACUGCAAACACAAGGAAGGAUGUGCAGGCUGGUAUUGUCUCCUUGAAACCACUCAAAUAAAGAGGACUCUCAAGGUUAUUUUCUGGAGCUGGGGUCCCUUGGUGAUUCUUGAUUGUAGCUGAGAUAACCAUAGCUGAAAAUCUCUAUAUUAAUGAAAGUUGAAGUGUUGUCACAUUCAGAAGGAAAAAAAAAGGUACAAUUGGUCUUUCUUAGUUGAUAGCAUUUGAUAUAUGCCAUAUGCUAAUUAAUGCUUGGCUGCCACUGUUCUAUGCUUUGAUGCACAAUCCAAUAUUUCACAGCAAUAUGAGAUAAUGAAUGUGAAUA